ACUGUGUUCAUGAAGCCGCAGCGCUCAGCCGAACAGACUGCUGCACUCAGACAUGGCGCUGCACUGUGGGAAAACAUGCCGACAGUAUUUACUGCAUUUAGCUCAUGACAGCGUGGACUUCAGAUUACCGGAAUUAAAAGCCUUGCUGGCACUUAGGGGUCGACAGUGUGAUCCAUCAGAGGCCUUCAGAGAAAAGUCUCCAUUUUGGCGGCUGUGUGGCCUUUUGGAGGAAGAUGUGCGGAGUGUCAUGUCAAGAACAGUUUGUGGCAAGUCUGCAUUUGAGCUCUGGGGUCAUGGGAGAACGGCUGCGGAGCUGAAGUCAUCACUGUUGGAGUAUCCCAUAGAAAAGAUGACUCCUUUUCUACAAGAAGAAUCAACAUACAAGAUUAAUGUCUACACUUUCAAUAAGACAUUGCUGUUCAAGGACAGAAUAGAGAAGAUAGACGCUUUGGGUUUCCUGCCUUUUAAGGGGAAAGUAAGUCUGAAGGAUCCCGAUCACAUUUUUUGUUUAUUAGAAGACUAUGGACUAGAUCCUAAUGACAUCCCAGAGGAGCCAUUCCAUAUAUAUUUUGGGAGAUGGGUUGCAGACGGGCAAAGGGAACUGAUACGCUCUCACAGUGUGAAGAAGAGGCACUUCAUUGGGAACACCAGUAUGGAUGCAGGUCUUUCUUUCAUAAUGGCCAACCAUGCCAAAGUAAAGGCUCAUGAUCUGGUCUAUGAUCCUUUUGUUGGAACAGGUAGUCUUCUGGUUGCAUGCUCUCACUUUGGAGCUUACGUGUGUGGGACAGACAUUGAUUACAACACUAUCCAUGGAGUAGGAAAGGCAAGCAGGAAGAAUCAGAAGUGGCGGGGUCCGGAUGAGAAUAUCAGAGCAAACCUGCGUCAGUAUGGGACAGAGAGCUUCUAUGUUGAUGUCAUGGUGUCUGAUGCCUCGAAGCCUGUUUGGAGGAAAGGAGCACUGUUCGAUGCCAUAAUCACAGACCCUCCUUAUGGCAUUCGUGAAUCAACUAGGAGAACAGGUUCUCACAAAGAGAUCGUGAGUCCUCCUGAAGACUUUUCUGGUGAGAGUCAUGUCCCUGUUUCCAUGGCGUAUCAUCUAAGUGACAUCUUUGCUGACCUGUUAAAUUUUGCAGCGCAUCACUUGGUCAUGGGUGGACGGCUGGUUUACUGGCUUCCUAUUUAUAGACCAGAGUACUGUGAAGAGAUGGUGCCAUUACACCCUUGCCUCUCUGUCAUCAGCAACUGUGAACAGACUCUGUCCAGCCACACAUCCCGAAGGCUCAUCACAAUGGAGAAGAUCAAGGAGCCUGAGAAAUCAGAUGUGCUAGCACAUUUAGCAGAUUCCCGCUUCAGCCCAUACCAGGGCCAUAACUCCUUCAGAGAGAAGUACUUCAGUGGCAUCACCAAAAAGAACGGGAAAGGCAGUGAAAGAACCGCCACAACCGAGAGUGACGGAUUUUAGAAGAAAUAAAGAUUUUUAAUCAGGUGAUUUGUAUUAAAUACUGCUUUAGUGUGCUGCUGUACUCUGUAAACUCUGUAAUUAAAGUUUUGCUGUUUUUUUUUUAAAAAAAACAAACAUUGCUACAAAAUAUGAUUUCAAUAAAAAAAUAUACAUA